AGGUGCGGUAAUGAAGGGGCGUGAAGCAUUUAGCAACGGGGAGAAGGGGCUCGAAGCAUCGAACUGCAAUUCUGCGAAAGACUAAAGUGUGAAGGCGUACGAGCAACCGAGCGAGACGAACGACGAGCCGACACUCUCCCUCUCCAGUCUCCUUCCAGACUCUGCUCCAGGCCGCAGAGCCACCGUCCGCAGGUCUUACCGCCGCAGCAACUCAGGAAUCAUCAUCCAGGGCUCCUGGACUCCACUACUCCAGAUCAUAAUCAGCUUCAAUGUCGGCAUUUGGCGCAACUACGGCGAAUACAAAUCCUAAUAAGUCUACUGAGGUUGCGCAACCUCCCAGUGACUCAGUAUCAAGCCUCUGUUUUAGCCCAAAGGCAAACUUCUUGGUGGCUACAUCAUGGGACAAUCAGGUACGUUGUUGGGAAGUAAUGCAAAGUGGCAUGAAUAUUGGAACAGCACCCAAAGCGUCCAUAUCACACGACCAACCGGUUUUAUGCUCCGCAUGGAAAGAUGAUGGUUCAACAGUAUUUUCUGGAGGCUGUGACAAGCAAGUAAAGAUGUGGCCACUUGGUGGUAAUCAACCCGUAACUGUUGCCAUGCAUGAUGCUCCUGUGAAAGAGAUUGCUUGGAUUCCUGAAAUGAGCCUCUUAGUCUCAGGAAGCUGGGAUAAAACCUUGAGGUACUGGGAUCUAAGGCAGCAAAAUCCAGCUCAUGUUCAACAACUUCCCGAACGCUGUUAUGCACUUGCAGUAAAACAUCCGCUAAUGGUUGCGGCAACUGCUGACAGAAAUCUUAUAGUUUUUAAUUUGCAAAGUCCCCAGACAGAGUUCAAGAGGGUCACGUCACCACUGAAGUACCAGACAAGGUGCUUGGCUGCCUUUCCUGAUAAACAAGGUUUCCUGGUGGGCUCAAUUGAAGGAAGGGUUGGAGUGCACCACAUUGACGAUGCGCAGCACAACAAAAACUUCACUUUCAAAUGCCACAGGGAGAACACUGAUAUUUACUCCGUCAACUCUCUGAACUUCCACCCAGUACAUGGCACUUUUGCUACUGCUGGAUCUGAUGGUGCCUUCAACUUCUGGGACAAAGACAGCAAACAGAGGCUUAAGGCAAUGCAAAGAUGCAAUCAGCCUAUACCGUGCAGCACUUUCAACCACGAUGGCUCUUUAUAUGCAUAUGCGGUGUGUUAUGAUUGGAGCAAGGGUGCAGAAAAUCAUAAUCCAGCAACAGCAAAGACUAGCAUUUUCUUGCACUUGCCGCAGGAAUCCGAGGUCAAAGGGAAACCAAGAACAAGCAACCGGAAAUGAAGACAAUUAUGUCAAGUGGGAUAUAAAACCAUUUUAGACUUUUAGUUGUACAUGGACGCAUAUCUUGAUUCUGGACUAUGAUAGGCAUACAGCAAAGAGUUGACCUGCAGUUUGUUAGUCUCUUAAAUGACAGGCAUAGUGUAUGAAACAAGAGCCUUUUUCUAUGGGUGCUACUGAAAGUAAAUCAAGGCUGGUUGUUGAUCUUAUCUGCUUCAUUCUCAUUCUACCUCUGCUUUUGUUAC